CGAUGGACUUGCUACUGAAGCUACAAGAACAUGGCAUGCUCGGUUAUGUCAUAUUGGAGUUGAUUCACAGAGAAGAUGUUGGAGAAGUACAUGAAGAAGAUGAUGUCAUGGAGGAUAUCACUAAAAAAACCACGAGAAUGAGGUUGGUGAAGUAAUCCAAGGAGUACCACAACUGAGAAGGUCGGGUCGACAAGUAAGUCAGUCGCGGUACCUUGAAGACUAUGUUAUGCAGUCCCAAACAACUUAUAGAUUGUUCAAACAAGCUUAUGUUAAAAGUAAGAGACGUCAACUUUCGACAAGUAAUGAGCCAAGAGGCUAAAGAUGUGCUUUAAUGGUGGAAAGCAUGUGAAGAGGAGUUUGAAUCAGUCAACAAGAACGAGAUGGUUCUUUGUUGACAUAUUGAUUCAAGUUUCUAAUCGGUUUAAAAGCUUUUCAAGAGUUUGUAGAGAAGCAAGUCUGCUUGUCUAUUAAAACCUUUCGUACCCAUAAAGGAGGAGAGUUUACUUCAAGGGAGUUCAAUCGAUGUUGCAUAGAGGAGGAAUCUCUAGGUAUCUAAUGAAGAUUCUAAAUGAUAUGUGGGGAGAAGUCGUACGUCAUUCAAAGAUCAUGGGACUACAUCUAGAGAAACUAGAUGAAGAGUCAAGAAGUAUAAUCACGAGGAUGCAUCUCAAGAAGGUAGAUGAUUGGUCAAUCUUGGAACCAAGUCAGAUUUUAGAGAUGUUUAAACCAAGUUGGGUUUUAUUAGAGAAUAUCAA